AUGGAUUAUAAAAAAGAGAAAGAGAAUUGGGUCAGUGGGCAUAGUGGAGGAUCAAUAUUGGAAAUUAAUUCUAUUACAGGAGUUUUAUUAACAUCAUAUAUAUUAUGGUCAGCGAUUUCAAAAAGUGAAUUGGCGAUAUUGUUCAACUAUAAUAAUUCUGAAGCAGCAACAAAUUCAUUAAUUACAAAAACCAUAAACAUUAUUAUUUUGGAAUUUUUGAUUUUUGUAUUGCCAAGCAUAUUAGCAUGUACAAUCUUAUCAUCAUAUACAUUUUAUUUAAAUUUGUUAUUUAUAAUAAUAUCAGUUUUGAUCUCCAGUAAAUAUUCAAAAAAUAAAGAGCCAAAAAAGAAAAAACAACCAUGGGAAAAAGAUUCAGAUGAGGAAGAAAUUGAUAAUGAUAAUAGUUAUGACGAAAAUGAAAAUUUAUUGCUUAAUAAAAAGGGGCUUAAUGAUAAUGGUGGCAAUAGUGGCGGUGGAAUAGUAGUUAUUGAUGAUGAUAAUGAAAAAUUGGAAGGAAAAAAGGAAAAAGAUGACGAUGAUGAUUAUUUAAUGAAUGAAAAAUAUAUAAAAAAAAAAAAUAUUUAUAUUUAUAGAAAACCAUUCCUCACAGCUUAUAGAUCUAGUAUGAUAAUUUUAACUUGUAUAUGUAUUUUAGCAGUAGAUUUCAAAGUAUUUCCUAGAAGAUUUGCAAAAGUUGAAGAUUACGGAACAUCCUUGAUGGAUUUGGGAGUCGGAUCAUUUGUAUUUUCAUCGGGAAUUGUAUCAGCAAAACCAUUUUUGAAAAAACCAGAAAACCGAUUUAAACCAAUGAAAGGACAAUUAGUUGCAGCAGUUAAACAUUCUUUACCAAUUCUGGCGCUUGGGAUAUUGAGAUUAAUCGCUGUUAAAUUAUCAGAUUAUCAGGAACAUGUCACUGAAUAUGGGAAACAUUGGAAUUUCUUUUUUACACUUGGAUUUCUACCGAUUUUUGUAACAUUGUGUAGAACUUUUCAAAAAUACACAAGAUUUUCCAUAGUUGGAUUGGCUAUUGCAAUUUUGUACCAAAUAGUUUUAUCGAAAUUUGGAUUAGAAGAAUAUAUACAAAAUGCACCUAGAAUAAAUUUAAUCAAUGAUAAUAAAGAAGGAUUAUCUAGUUUUUGGGGGUAUCUAUCAAUAUUUUUAUUUUCAUUGGAUAUUGGACAUUAUAUAUUACCGCCAGAUCCAUAUUAUGCAUUUAAAAUGAACAGAAAAAACAAAAAAUUUCCUAAACCCACCAAAUUAUUAUUGAUUUUAAUGUCAUGGUCAAUAUUAUUCUGGGUUGGAUUUUUAUUGUGUAUUGGAAUCAAAAUUGAGAUCAGUAGAAAAUUGGCAAAUUUGAGUUAUAUAUUUUGGAUAUUAAGUUUUAAUACAAGUUUUCUGUCAUUAUUUCAAUUAGUUGAGAUUUCAUUUUUCGAUAAAUGGUGGAAAUUCAAUAAAAAUAAUGAAAAUUAUAAAAUAUUGCCGAGUAUAAUUGAAUCAAUUAAUGAAAAUAAUUUAUUUAUAUUUUUAAUCGCAAAUAUUUUGACUGGAUUAAUUAAUAUUUCAACAAAAACUUUGUAUACAAGUGAUUUAGUAGCAGAAAUAAUUUUAUCACUUUAUAUGCUUACCAAUAUUUUCGUUUCUUUAAUUUUAUGGAGAAAUGGCUGGAAGAAUUCACCAAUCUUAAUGACCCAUUUCAUGCCUGUUACAGCCAAUACUGCAGCAACAGUUGAUGGUGAUGAUAGAUCAAUAACAUCAGUUGAUGGUUCAUAG